AUGAAAGAUUCACAGGCGUCGUCUCUCUCACGUAACCUAGAUCAUGCCACCGAAAACUCCACAGAAACGUUUCCUCUUAAACUCAUCUUCAAGAUACUCUUGGGACUUCCGGCGAAAUCACUCGUAAGAUUCAAAUCCGUGUCGAAGCAGUGGCACUCUAUCAUCCAAAGCAGAAAAUUCUCCGACGCGUUUCUGGCUCAGUUAUCAAGGACCCGGCCUCGUCUCCUCAGCCCCUGCCCCCUGAACACGACCAACAAAACGACGACGACAACUCCUCCACAGUUGUCGCACGACAUGACGAUCUCAGAUCUCCGCUACCGCAACAUAGAUGAUGAAGGAAUAUAA